AUGAGCGAAUCCAACACUAUCAUCGGUAUCAACUUUGGUACUGCCUACACUUCUAUUGCUUACCUCAACAAGGAAGGUCGCGCUGAUUGUCUCGCUAACGAAGAAGGUGAUAGACAAAUUGCCUCUGCUCUCGCUUUCCACGGUGAUGAAGAGGUUAUCGGUUCUCAAGCCAAGUCUGAUAUUGCUCGCCAUCCCAACCACACCAUCGCCAACUUCCGUGCCAAUCUCGGAAAGAGCUUUGCUGAUGCUGUCAACUUGACUGGUUCCGCUGCUCCCGUCGUCGACAAGAACGGUGUCCCUGCUUACGAGAUUGAGUUGCCCGCUGGUAAGUCUGUUUUCACUGCUCAAGAAGUUUCUGCCAAGUACUUGCGUCACAUUCGCGAGUCUGCUGAAGCUUUCUUGGGUACUGCCAUCAACGGCGCUGUCAUGGCUGUUCCCUCUUACUUUACCGAGAAGCAACGCGAGGAAUUGGUUGCUGCUGCUGAGGCUGCUGGUAUCAAGGUUGUCCAACUCGUUCACGAGUCUGCUGCCGCUGCCCUCGCCUAUGGUGUUGGUCAAGAUGCCUCCAACAAGGAUCCUCAAGACAAGACCAUCGUUGUCUGUGAUUUGGGUGGACACUCUUUCGAUGUCACUGUUUUGGCUGUUCGUUCCGGUAUGUACACUGUGUUGGCUACUGCCCACGAUACCAAGAUUGGCGGUGCCUCUUUCGAUGACAACUUGAUCAAGCACUUUGUUGCCGAAUUCCAAAAGAAGUCCAAGAUUGAUAUCUCUUCCAACAAGAAGGCUUUGGCCAAGCUCCGUAACGCCGUUGAGGUCACUAAGAAGAUGUUGUCCAGCGGUAACUCUGCCCCUUGUUUUGUCGAGUCUUUGGCUGAUGGUGUUGAUUUCCACAGCAAUGUCAACCGUAUGCGUUUCGAGAUGUUGUCCAAGAACGUUUUCUCUCAACUCCAAACUGUCAUUGGCGAGGUUUUGGAAAAGACCAACUUGGAUGCUUCCGAGAUUGACGAAGUUCUCCUUGCUGGUGGUUCUGCUCGUAUCCCCAAGUUUGCCUUGAAGAUCCGUGAAGUCUUUGGCGGUGAACACACCAAGAUCUUGAAUGAACUCGAAGCUGAUGAAGUUGUUGCUCGUGGUUGUGCUAUUCAAGGUUCUUUGGUCUCUGGUUUCGAGAAGGAAGACAUUGAAGCUGCUAUCCAUCCCGUUGUCACUUUGGCUCCCAACACCACCAAGGCUAUUGGUAUCAUCAAUGCCAAGGGUGAGUUUGUCACUGUGAUUCCCCGUGGUACUGCCCUCCCUACUCGUCGUGUCUUUGAGUUCUCCAACUCUGAGGCCAACCAAACUCACGCCUAUGUUGCUUUGUUUGAAGGUGAUCAUAUUGUUGAGAAGGUUGAGGUCAAGGCUGAGCCUGUCCAACUCGAAGAUGAUGAAGAGCCCUAUGAGGAAGAGCCCGAGAUCCUCACCAAUGUCUUCAACAAGCCUGCUGCUCAAUUAGUCGAAGCAUGUCUUCCUCUUGAAAACGCUUCCAAGCCCAAGGCCAGCAAGAUUGAGGUUCAAAUCACUGUUGAUGCUCAAUCCAACUUGGUUUUGAUCAUGCGUGAAAAGAACGGUUCCAAGGUUGUUAAGGUCGAGGCCAAGAAAUAA